AUGGGGCCAAAAUCGUGUGUCAAAGAUGAUCCCAAAGUCGAUGGUGAUAGCAAGCCAUCGUCGCGUCGCACCACACCGGUGCAUCAUGUGGCCAAACAAAAUCGUUACAUAAUGCCCGAUAUGAUUCGUCUACUAUUUGAGAUCUACAAUCGAUACGACGUCAAUUACACCGACGAAUCUGGACUGUCGCAUUUCCAUGUGGCCUGUAGAUAUGGCUAUGAUGACGCCGUCGAAAUAUUCCUCGAGCUCGGUCAAGAUCCUAAUUGCUUCAGGCCAGAAACAAGAGAUUCGCCACUACACUUGUAUAUGAUUGGUAAUUCUUGCAUGUGCUACUCGGAUAUAGGCGAACUGAUGCUGAGGAAAAGUUCUGAUCUUAAUUUGGCCAACAAGGAUGGAUUGACAUCUUUGCACUUGAUAAGCAAGAAAUACAUUUCCGAUGUUGAUGCCCGUGACAAGUACGGUAACACACCAUUGCACUUGGCUGUGCUUCACUGCAACAAGUACGUUACUGAAUUGCUACUCAGAAGAGGCGCCGUACAGAACGCGGCCAACGACGAGGGAUCCACACCUUUGCACGAAUUUUACAAGAGAAACAAUUUUGUUUAUCAUGAAAAGCGUACAAUUGAGCUAUUCUUCAAAAUCUGCGACGAAGUGAAUAAGUCGGUGCAGGUCGAUACAAAGGACAAAUUGAGACUAGCGUCCAGUUCUUUGGCCGUCGUCGAAAAAAUUGAGAAUAGAGGAUAUCAACUGAAGCGAAGUGACGCUUUGACGAUCAUGAAAUUUUUCGCCGAGUACAAAUUGUUCGAGAAGUCGUCAGAUCUUGGAAAAAGUUGGUAUGAUGAAGAGAAGUUUAUAAAAAUAGGAAAAGAGAUACGGAUACGUCCGAGUCUGUCACUUGAUGAAGUGGUUUGA